AUGGCGUCUAGUCAGGGAGGUGUGGGAGCUGUCAGUGCUCUACAAAGCCAUCACUACCCGAGCGGACCUCACUGGAGCCCGGGCAUCAGCCAGUACCAGCCCCAGCAGCAGCAGCAGCAGCCGCCGCCGCCGCAGCAGCAGCAGCAGCAGCAGCACCACACGGCCCGCAGCCUGGACCGGGCUCUGGAGGAUGCCGUGUGCUCCGGGAUCCUGAACCUGAGCGGGAGGAAGCUGAGGGAGUACCCCGGGAUGAGCUACGAUCUGACCGAUACGACACAAGCAGAUCUGUCCAAGAAUCGUCUCACAGAAAUCCCCCCAGAAGUGUGUCUGUUCGCCCCCCUCGAGUCCCUCAACCUUUACCACAACUGCAUCAAAUGCGUCCCAGAAGCCAUCAUCAACCUUCAGAUGCUGACUUAUCUUGACAUCAGCCGAAAUCUCCUGUCAGUUUUGCCAAAAUACUUGUUCAACCUCCCCCUCAAAGUUCUGCUUGUGAGCAACAACAAGCUCGUGUCCAUCCCCGAAGAGAUCGGCAAGGCCAAAGAGCUGAUGGAACUGGACGUGAGCUGCAAUGAGAUCCAGGUGCUGCCAGCUCAGGUGGGGAGGCUUCUAGCCUUGCGAGAACUCAACAUCAGGAAGAAUUGUCUUCACAUGCUGCCUGAGGAAUUGGCUGACCUGCCCCUCAUCCGACUUGACUUCUCCUGCAAUAAGAUCACAGAGAUUCCUCCGGCCUACAGGAAGCUCAGGCAGCUGCAGCACAUCAUCCUCGACAACAACCCUAUGCAGUCUCCGCCCGCACAGAUUUGUCUCAAGGGCAAAGUGCACAUAUUCAAGUAUCUGAACAUCCAAGCGUGUAGGAUGGACAAGAAACCGGACACCUUGGACCUCCCCUCCCUCGGCAAACGCUGCCUUCCACAGCCGCUUACAGAUAGCAUGGAGGAUUUUUAUCCUAGUAAGAACCACGGGCCUGACUCUGGAAUUGGCAGUGACAAUGGCGACAAGAGGCUCUCUACAACAGAGCCUUCAGAUGACGACACAGUCAGCCUGCACUCUCAAGUUUCAGAGACAGCCCGUGCUGACGCCCUCUCACUCCUUUCGAAAAUGGACUCUUGCAAAGAUCAGGAUCUCUAUGACUUUAUAGAGCCCAACCCCGAUGAGGAUCCUGCUCUGUCAGAGUGUGAUGGGCAGCAAAGCAGUCAUGUGUCUUGUAUUAAGGAACUGGAAAAAGUUCUUAACAUGUCUCACCAAAGCAAAGAUAAAGACUGCUGGAAAGAGGAGUCUGGUUCUGAUAAAGAGCAGCUAGUUGAGGAAGAGGAUGAUGAGCUGAAAGAAGUGCUGGAUCUGAGGAAGAUUGCUGUUCAGCUCUUGCAGCAGGAGCAGCAGAACAGACGGCGGUCUUUAAUUUGCAGAGCAGAGAGUCUCAUUCACCGACGGAGAGUGACUGGCCGGGCUCACAGAUUCCUCAGUCACUCUGGAAGCUCCAGCAGCAAACCAAGGCUCCCGCCUCAGACAGCUCGCAGUGCUUCUCUGGAUGAAGGAAGCAGUGGAGCAUCAGUGCUGAGUGGGCAGCCUUCUUCUUCGUGCUCCUUUGACGGCAGCUUGAAGACCGAUCAGUCAGACUCGGAGCCAAAGUGGCCUGAAGUCCCGCCUGUUCUCAAUCAGAAUGAAGACCGCAGGCGGAACAAGUACCUGAGAAAAGAUUAUCUAAAGUACAAGUGUCAGAGCGCCCGCAAAAGCUCCAGCGGAAAUGAUGACUGCGAGGAGGGUUUGCGGAACGCUGAUUUCAGCACCACUUUGACAGUGUUUGGACUAAAGCCGAGAUCAGCCUUCACCAGAGGAAGCCGGCAGGAGUACACCUCGUCCGACCCCAGCUUCACGAUGAGGAGGAAGAUGGAACACUUGAGGGAGGAAAUGGAGCAGAUAGGACUCUUACGGCAGAAUAUCGAGUCCAGACUGAAGGUGCUGCUUCCAGACGAUGUUGGAGCUGCUCUCAUGGAUGGAGUUGUUCUUUGCCAUCUAGCCAAUCACAUUUGUCCUCGGUCUGUUGCCAGCAUCCAUGUACCAUCACCUGCAGUGCCAAAGCUUAGCAUGGCAAAAUGCCGUAGGAAUGUUGAGAACUUCUUGGAUGCCUGUAAGAAGCUGGGUGUACCACAGGACAAGCUCUGUCUGCCACAUCACAUCCUCGAAGAGCGUGGUCUGGUGAAGGUGGGCGUGACCGUCCAGGCUCUGCUGGAUCUUCCCACGUCCAAGUCCACGCAGCUGUCGGCUGUUUGACACGAGCCUAAAUGUUGCGUCCGAACUGCAGUCAUCCAGCCCCCCUCUCUUCCUAGCCCGAACCCCAUCGCCAGGGACCAGAGAGCCCCUCGGGGCGAGGACCCAGUGGCUCGCGGGCUUUUUGGAGUCUGCUUCUGCCUGACUGAACCAGGAGACAGGAGGGUGAAAUGCCUCCGUCUCCUCAUAUGAUGUCAGCCGCCGCCCACCUCCGGCCCAUCGCAUUUUCACUCGUAUCCUGAUCCUUGUUACUGCGGUCAUCCCGUAUGUGUGUGGACUUAAAAUGUGACAGUGUGUUUCCUGAGCUGCUCAGUUAACACAGACAGACAUGACUGUGGGUCUCUAAGUAGAUCUGCACAAAUCUAUCAACAGUGAUUACUGAGUCUGCAAGUGCCAGAACAGACAUUUCCGUGCCGAUGUUGGACACAUCGGCAGUGAGGAGAUGACAGACACAUAACUCACUCUUUCACUAAAGAGGACUGAGCUGCCUCGCAGCUGCAAGCUACUGAGUGACCUCAUUGGGUUCUUACACUUGAGUUUCUUUUUUGUGGAAUUUAUUUUUGCCACAAAAAAAAAAAAAGAAUUUUGGAAUUUAUUAAUGUUUUUUUUUACACACUUCAUCAGGUCCUUACUUUAUCUUCUUUUGUGCAGCCAAACCUGAUUCAUGUGAAGUUAUUUGCUAUGUACUGCUGCUGAGUAAUCGCAUCUCCACUGCUUUUUUUUUUUUUUUAAGGAAAGCUGUGAGCAAGAAAUGGAUUUGGUGUUGUCUUUUGGGAAAUCAUGCUACAGUAGACAUUCUGCCUGUUUUUAGUGAAACUCUGGUGUGGCUUUAAAAUCUUUAAACCACUGUACAAAUCAUGCAUAACUCUGUAACAAAGUUCUUUCUCAGUACAAACCUGCAUGCACCAGGGGAAGUGACAUUUGAUCACUGUGAUAACCGUGCUCGGCUGUUGCCAAAAGCAUGACGUCUUCUUUUGUAGCAUUUUUUUCCAGUGUACAUGCAGUUCUUUUUUUUGUUUGUUUGUUUGUUUGUUUUUGUAUUAUUCUGUAUAUUAACUUUUCUAAAGGUUUUAUACUUUCCUCCCAGUCAUUGCCAAUUAUCACUGGCCAAUUUUGUGGAGUUCACGGCAUAGAUUUGCUGUGCUGUACUCAAAGCAGUUAGGAUUUUAUCGCUUUGCAUAACCUCUGAUGAAACGUGUUUAUACUGUGUGUGUUCGUGAGUGGAGAUGUGAGUGACGGGCCUCUGGUUCAGAAGAGUGUUCAGUGCUGCCUAGAGGCAAACCUUCCUCACAUGGCAUGGCCUUAUCGUACCGCCAGGCCACCCUGCUGUUUGUGGUCUCUGAUUCAUUAUUUCAGGGAAAUUAAAUUAUUUAUGUAUUUAUUUAA